AUGGGCGUAGGCUACAGACGGCUCAAUGUAGACGCAUUAACUUCACACCUAGCAACAGUGCCCUGCAGAUCCGUUGGUUCCAACCCAUGGGGUCUUCCCUACAAAGUCGUCACCAAACGCAUCGGUCGUCGACGUCCAGGAAUUGAAGUUCACGGCAUGGAGUCGGUAAUUGCCGAUCACCUCUUCCCGAACCUUCCAGUGACGGACUGGGCACUCAAGCCUCGCCCAUCAGCAACCGCAGAAAACAAAAUCGUUGUAGACUUCACCCUGGCCGAAUUGGCCCAAGCCUGCAAAAGACUUCCCCCUGGCAAGGGAAGCGGCCCUGAUGGUAAUCCGCGCCUUAUUUAUGACUUAUGUUGUUUUUAAAAUGACUGAUUCUGUUAUAAGUAAUGUUACACAACUCUAUCAAACACUGAUGUUUAUAUAUUUUCUGUAGUUCUGUAUCGCCAUUUCCUACAUUUCCAGAACCUUACUCAUCAAAAACUCAGUCGCCGCAAGUAACAAUUUGUAUGGAAGACUCUAAGCGAGAGGUAUUAAUUUUUACUACAAUUUUAAAAAAAGAUAUUAUAAAGUACACUUUGUGUUUUGAUUUAACUACAAUUAAAAUUUAUAAUUUUAUCACAAGAAAUUGUAAAUCUAAUAAAUUGUAUAAAAGAUAAAACAAAAAUGUGAAUUAUUAAGAUUUAUGUGUAGGUACGAUAGGAGAUUAUUGAAAAUAAUCUAAUUCAAAUUUACAUUCCAGUGAUCCAGUAGCCUGUUCAAGUGCAAUGGCAGAUUUUUGUCUUUGCAAAAAGUUGUCAAAGUUGGACAUAAUUUAUUCUAGUGAAUAUGAAUGAGAACAUUCUAAAACAGAAAACUUCAAUUUUUGGGCACAUCAUAAAUAUUUGGUUCAUGAACAAAAAAAAAGGACCACAUUUAUGAACGAUUAGUUGUCGUUUUACUUAUUAAAUCCAGUAUCAACCCUGGAGUCUGAUCCUCUUAAAGUAUAGGAGGAUAUAAAACACGUAUCUCCUAUUUUGUAUAAACAAGUGCGUUUACAUUUUAUCAUGGUUGCGACAUCUGUUCCUUGUGAACGACUCUUUUCAAAGGCUGGAGCAACAAAUCUAGAAAUCGUUUUAAUAGUUCACGCCUUCAAAAAAUAUUAUUGUUAGCUGAUAUCCCAGAGGAAGAUUGGUGUUACUUAUAUUUUCUUUAUGCAUGUAAAGACUGGCUAAUAAUGGCCAAUUUUAAUUACAAUAUUAUUGGUAUUUUAUAUAAAUUAAUGUAUUAAAUAAAUAAUAAAAGACAAUUUUUUCUUCUAGCAACCUAUAUACAAUUAUUUUUAACAUUCAUUAGUAUCGAUAUCAGUAGGUAUCGAAUAAUAAGAUUACAAAUUACGACAUUUCACAAUUUCAUACAGUAUUAUUUGAUACUAUGAAAUACAGGCUUAUAUAAUGAUUCGAUACUUACUGAUAUCAAUAUUUGUAUUCGAUAUUUCGUCUCAAUUUCUUAUCCCUAACCUUACAAACUAGUGGUGGGUCGUUACUGCUGUAUUCGGUACAAUGUAACGAUUACAUUGGUGAAACGAGUAGGAACGAGUAUAUUUAUCGUUCCAUAUUCGUUCCAUCGGUACAAAGUUACUAACUACAAAAUAGUCCUCAUUGAUUACUGAUUACUGAGUACUGACACCGAGUACCGUACCGAUUACCGACGGUAGUCGAAUAGUAACGAGUUAUCACGAUCAUAGGACGUAUAGAGCCGGUCCCACACGACUCGUGUACUCGGCGAAUAAUCGUCAAUCGUGAUGCUUUACGAGUCGUGUAGGAGGUAUUUCAUCGACAAGAUGGCAAUUAUUUUUACUUGCCAAGUCACUCGCGGUUUCCCGUCGUUGUCGGAUCGAACACGAGAGACUCGUGUUGCUGAAAAGAAAUUUUAUUGGGACCGGCUUAAAAUAGAUAUGCGAAUUAUGGAAUUGCUAUCAAGAAACUUCAAGCACGAUAUGACAACAGGGAUCUAGUGGUACAGUCGCACAUCCGAGAGAUCCUUAAUAGUCCAAAAAUCAUGACACCAUCGGCUCAAGGGUUAUUAGAACUUCAUUCUCAUGUAUCCUCGCAUGUUGCUGCGCUAGAAAUGCUAGGCUUACCUACAGAGCAUUGGGAUGCAUAGCUGUCUACAAUCAUAAUUGAGCGAUUGGGGUGGAUGAUGACAGCUUGCACGUAGCCCACCCUGCAUAUGACGUAGUGAUUUCUCUUUACGCCGUAUCAAUGUCAUCAACCCGGUGCUGUACAGGUCUCAGAUUAUCACAGCCUUUCCAAGAAACUAACAUGAAAAGUAACAGCACCAAUAGCAGUAUAACUAGCUUAUACAAUGAAAACAGUCCUUAUAAGGACUAUAUAACGCGAAAUGUCGGAUAUACUCUCAAAGUAUGUCAUCUAAAUAUUGAAGGCAUUUCUAGAUCUAAAUGUGAUGUUUUAUCAAAAAUAGCAGAUAAGAACAAGAUAGAAGUACUUACUCUCCAAGAAACACAUACGAUCGAUGAGGAGUAUCUUAAGAAAAGAGGAUACAUAUCGGGCUUCCAACUCGUGACAACUCUUCAUAGCAGAACUUAUGGUAUAGCCACAUACGUAAAACAAGAUAUUAAGGAUGUACAUACUUUAAACUCUAUCAUUACAAAAGAUAGCAUUCAUAUUAUUACCAUUAAAGUGGCAAACUUAAAUAUAACCAAUAUUUAUAAACCACCAGGGUCGACAUGGUUACCCUCAGGAUUACCUGUUUUAAACCACCCUUGUUUAUAUAUUGGAGAUUUCAAUAGCCACCAUCAGGACUGGGGAUAUGAACAGAAUGAUGCGAAUGGAGAGUUUCUCCAUAAUUGGAUCACGAAUAAUAACCUAUCAUAACUGUUCGAUGCAAAUGAGAGAGGUAUCUUUGUCUCAGAUAGACGGAGAAAAUAAUACUCCCCAGAAUUAAGUGUUGCCUCAGCAGACUCGGCAGAAGUUAUCUCCAGAAACGAGAAACGAUAUCGAAGAACCUCAAGAUACAACUGUAUCGCACCCUCAUGCAUGCAUGGAGAAAAGAAGGAACUCUAAUACGAUUGGUUCAAUGUGGGACUCCCCAAGGAAAGAGACCCUUAGGAAGACCCCGACUAAGAUGGGAAGACCAAGUCAGGAAGGACGUACAAAUAAUAAACCCAAGGGCCGAAUAGAAUAUCAUAGCGAUGGAUAGAGUGAAAUGGCAAGAUAUAUGUUUGAAUUUAUGAUCUUAAUGGUCGAUUGCAAAGAAGAUGAUGAUGAUUUCUGUUAUAUAUUGUGUUACUACUUGGAUAUUACCAUACGAAUAUAUAUAUUGAGCAAUUAGAUAAAUCGAGUCAAGAGUGGCAGCUGCGUCGGACAGGUACUGAAUUAACUAAGUACACAGAGCUUAUGGAGUUUGUAUCAAGACACAGCAUCGCAUUAGAAGGGGCUGAAGCACUCGCAUCUAGAGAAGAUCAAGUUAAGGAUGUCAACGCUGGAAAAGAGGCGAUUGGGAAGAAAUUCUCGCUCAGGGCUCCAUCGAAGGGUGCUCUCGUAGUAGCUUCCGAGGUGAUUGAAAAUUGUGCCUGCUGUUCGAAUAAACACAAGCUGUAUUCCUGUACUAAGUUCAAGGAUCUGUCAGUUGGAGAUCGUAUAGCUCUUGUACGAAGAGCAAGGUUAUGUUUCAACUGUCUUCAUGCGUUGCAUAGGAGUGAUCAGUGCAAAUCGAAGUUCAACUGUUACGUCUGCAAGGGCAGGCACAAUACCUUGCUUCAUUAUGAGAGACAAGAUGAAUCAUCAGUCUCUAAGGAUAAGUCCGGAGAAGAUGCUGCGGAAACAGCGAAAAAGCGUAGCUCAAGAAUAUCGUUGUUGGUUCAUCAUAGACAUGGACAUGUUUUUCUGUCGACAGCGUUGGUUUGGGUAAAGGACAAGCGAGGAGUUCCAAGAAAGUGUCACGCUAUUUUGGACAGUGGGUCAUAG